ACCAUCUUCUUCCUCACAGAAAAUCAAUGCCCCCGGAAUAAAAAAUUUAAUUUAACUAUUCUCAGCACAUUCUCUUAUGCAGCUAGGUUCUUUAAUGGAGGUCGUCACUCUCCCAAAACCCUAGAAAAUUGGAAAAAAUUAAAGGAAGAAAAACAACGAUUAAAAGUUCAGCUCUUUGGAGUUUCCAACAAAGUUCAUUCCUGGUUAUUUAUUUUCAUCAAGACUCUUCUUUUAUUACUCAAAUUUCAGCCCCAUUUUUAUCGAAUUUGGAUACCCAUAUUCCUCAAAAUCAUAUUUCGGUCGCUGUUCUGCAUUUUUUUUUUUUUUUUUUUUAAAAUAUAUAUUUAGAGCUUGUAUCUUUUAAUAAGAUUAGGAAAGGCGUUAUUUUUUGUUCAGAAGGAUCACAUUAUUUAUUUGUUUGGGCGAGGGGCCGGCGGGGGGGGGGGGGGUUCUUUUUAUAUUUUUUUACUAGUGUUGCAAAUUAGUGAUUAAUGUAAAGGUAUUUUAUUUUGGGGUUGGGAAUCUAUUGUUGUUUAAUGGAGAGCAGUGAAGGAGGGGAUGAUCAAGAAGGCUCUGGAUGGAUGCAAGUUAAAAAGAAGCACAGGCACAGUUCAAAGUUUUCACUACAUGGUUGGGUUGGAGGAUCAUCUCAAGGAACUGCUUCUUGCAAUCCAGAAAAUCGGUCUUCAUUGAGUGUAAAAAGUGAAAAUUUUAAAUCUGCCAUUCAGCAUUCAAAAGGAAGUGGACGUUGUAUUAGGCAUGAUGAUGUUACUUCAAUUCCGAAGGAAGAUGCAGUGAUUGUGCACGAUAAAUGUGUGGUCAGUCACAGUAGUAAUUCUGUUAGUUUAGGUUUUCCAACAGAUUCCAAUCAAGGAGUCAGUCAGGAACAUCCUCAAAUAAUUAACCAUGACAUAAUACCAAAUAUCAAGUGGGGUGACUUGGAUGAUCGAGCUCUAACAUCUCAUUUUGGAAGUACUGUCCAAGCAGAAAUUAAGUUCGGUGACAUUCUAAAUCAUGAUCUGCUUAGUACAAAAGCUGAUCAAACAAGUGAUUCCUUUGUACACACUUCUCCAACUGAUCUAGAGAAAAAUAGAUUGGUUACUGAGGAAAGCCAUCAAGUUGUCAGCUCGAAUCCUUUGUCUCCCAAGAUUGAAGCUGUUGAAAAAACUUGUGUGAAGUUGAAGGAUUUAUCUUCAGAAGAUGUUAAUGCUUCUGCUGUUUCUCCUCUUUCUGGAGGGCAAUGUGGACAUACCCAGCUUGAAAAAGGUGACACUUGCAACAGUCCUGGCGAAAAGCUUAACAUUGCUGCCAGAGAAGGGCCUCGUGGGGUAACUGUGCACAGUGUCGAAUCUGAAGAAGCUUGCACAGAAAUCCCUGAAGUGCCUAGUGUUGAUCAGGAUAUAAAAACAGUGGUCGCUUCACAGGAUUCUGAGCCAGUGCCACCCGAUAAAGGAGGAUCGGGAAACAAUGGGCAGCCUUACCUGUCGUCUCCUAGUGAAGAGUUUAGGAGCAAACGAGUUGAUUCAAUUAUUGAAGAUUUAUCAAACUCUAACUUGAGUAGUAUUGAUGCAGAAGGCAUUGGUGAAAGUAAAGAAAGGUUCAGGCAACGCCUCUGGUGCUUUCUCUUUGAGAAUCUUAAUCGGGCAGUAGAUGAACUCUACCUACUCUGUGAACUGGAAUGUGACCUGGAGCAAACACAAGAGUCUAUUCUUGUUCUUGAAGAAGCUGCAUCUGAUUUUAAAGAACUGAGUUCAAGAGUGGCGGAAUUUGAGAGACUGAAAAAAUCCAGUUCUCAUGCGACUGAUGGAACACCUCUGACCAUGAAGUCUAACCAUCGCAGACCACAUGCUCUCUCAUGGGA